AGCAGCCCACCUUACUGCCAUCCCCUGGCAACCAGCUACCGUGGCACCCAGGCAUCAAGGGCUCAACACCUCCAGUUUCCCAGCCUUUCCCACCCCAAGUACUGCUGCGUCCCAGGGGUUACUGUACCUGUGUGGCUGACACCCUGCCCUCAUCACCCUGGCCCAGUUCUUGGUUCUGUUCCUCCAUCACCCUCACCUUCCAGCCAUCUCCCUCCUUCCUGUGCCCGAUGCACAGUUGUCUCUAAACCACAUUUUGACUUCAGUCAGUGCCCGUGUACUCUCUCCCCAUGUGCCCAUCUUCCUCUUGUUGUCCUGGUCCUUAGGCCCCAGGAUCCAUCACAUCAGCUAUUCUCUUGUCGGUGUCACUCGUUCAUUCAUUCAUUCAGGAGUUCUGGGGCUCCUGUGUGGCAGCCCUGUUCUAGGUAGUGACUAGAGUGAUGAACCAGACAGCCACAGUCCCUGCCCUCUUGGCGGGGAGACAUCACAGACAAAAAAGAAGCAAAUGUACAAAUAAAAAGCUGGGAAGGAAAUAGCUCCUCCUCAUGAAGGAGAGAGAAGCUCCCCGAACAGUCACUCCCCAGACACAUUGUUCCCCUCUCCUCUGCUGCUCCAGCUACAAAGUAAAAGGCUCUGUGAGGGACAGGCAGUUUAACAUUUGCUGCCUGGUUUUCUCGAAUACCAUCGGGGAAUUGCUGUCAGCAGCCCCCAGAACUGACCCAAGGGCUUGAGGUGUUGUCUUAACAGGAUCAGGUGCGUGGUCCCCUUUGGUGACCCUCUUGCUGUUUGUGUAGCCCAAGACCCCACUGACUUACUUAGCUUCCAUCUAGCAAUUGACUGUGCUUGUGGUCCACUGGGCCCUUCAGAUUGUUUUCAGUUAUUACACUUUGGCCUGUGCUUCUGUCCUCUUUUCUGUGUGUGGCAGUGUCAUGGCAGCUUCCCCUCUCCCUCACCCCCACCCCCAGUUACGCUCACAUUUCUUCCAUUUGCCCACGUAUAACAGCUGAGCUCCUGGUUCCCCCUCAGGCACCGGGGAUACAGACGUUUGUCAGAUUCUUCCAUGGCCUCAAGUCUCCUGGGGGAAAUUGAGGCUCAACACAGGGGUAAUAAGUGGUGGGAUUUUAGUAGAAGAGCUUCCUGGGCAUGUGGCUGCUAUGCGGCACAGGGUUGAGGCGGGGCCAGCGGGCAAGAAUCAUCCAGGUCAGUGAUUCUCAAAAUACAGCUCCUGGACCAGCGGUAUCAGCAUCACCUGGGAGGUUGUUAGAAGUGCAAGUUCUCAGGCCUCAUCCGAGACCGAUUAAAUCAGAAACUCUGGGGUGGGGCCCAGCAAACUGAGUUUUAAGUCCUGCAGCUGGUUUUGAUGCUCCCUGAAGUUUGAGAACAUCGGUCUCGGUGAGAGAUGAUGAUGGCUGGGCCGGGGUCCUGGCAGUGGGAUUGGGGAGACGUGUUUCCAGGGUAAUCCACAGGCCUUGCCGAUUGGGCAUGGAGGGGUGCGGGUGAGGCCGAGUCAAGGAGAGCGCCAAGGUUCGGCUUAGGUGACUUCAAAUCUCAAAUCGGUGGGCCCCUCUGGGCCUUAUUUCCCACCCUCCUGCCAGGGGGUCUUCAGCCUCUCCUGAUGUGUCUCCAGUGAGCGCUUGCCCCCCGCCUCCUGCCCUCUUACUGCCUGUAAGCAGUGCUCCCUCUUCACAGCAAGCCAGCUCUCAGCCCAUCCGUGGUGGCCAGCGCGGUUGCCACAGCAUCUGGUCCCUGAGGAGCCUGCCACCCUCCUGCCUGCCUGCAGUACCUCCAUUACCGCUUCUGCGAGGAGUAGAGAAGGAGGCAUGUGGGGACGCCCGCCCUCCUGCCCACUCCGUUUUGAGGACGGGGUGGGGCUGGGAAGAGCCAGUGGCAAAGAGGGGCGGGACGAGGAGGGGGGCGAAAGGGGAGACGGGGCCCCUCUUUGGUGGCCUCUCGCCUUGGCCGUGAGGCCCCAGUCCACUCGGCUCCUGGACGGUGGAGGCGGCAACAGCAAGGGGGCCAUGGCGGAGGACGAGCCGAAGCCGACCCAGCUGGACAUGCCCCUGGUCCUGGACGAGGACCUGACCAAGCAGAUGCGGCUGCGCGUGGAGAGUCUGCAGCAGCGCGGGGGGAAGCGCCAGGAUGGCGAGAAGCUGCUGCAGCCGGCGAAGUCCAUGUACCGCAUCGACUUCAUCCAGCAGCAGAGGCUGCAGUCUGAGCGCUGGGACGUCGUGCUGGACAAGCCGGGCAGGGUCACCGUCACGGGCACCUCCCAGAUCUGGACGCCCGACCUCACCAACCUCAUUACACGGCAGCUGCUGGACCCCGCUGCCAUCUUCUGGCGCAAGGAGGACUCGGAAGCCAUGGAUUGGAAUGAGGCUGACGCCCUGGAGUUUGGGGAGCGCCUGUCCGAGCUGGCCAAGAUCCUCAAGGUCAUGUACUUCCUCAUCACCUUCAGCGAGGGCGUCGAGCCUGCCAACCUCAAGGCCUCCGUGGUCUUUAGCCAGCUCUGAUGGCAGCUGCCUGCUGCUACCCUCUCCCUUGGCCCACCUGCCUGACCCCUGCCCAUACCCCUUUCCCCCAUGUGUGUGUUUGGGGACAUUCUUCUAGCUGCUGGCCUGUACUUGGCUUGGCCAGGACCCCUGAGCCUGCGUCCUUCCUUCUCUCCUUUCCCUGGUGCUGGUGCUCCUUUUCACGGGAGGAAGAUGCAAGGGCUCCGUAGUCUAGAAGCUGACCUGGCUGCCGCUGCUUCUGCCGUAGACCAUGGAGACCUGGUUGGGGCUAGUGUGGGAAGAUGGAGAGGCCUUGGGAGAUGGUCUUCUCUCUGCUCCGUUGUUGGGAGAGAGACUGAGAGACCAAGACAGAGACAGACACAGACCGAGAGAGACACCUCUAAAGAACCAGCCAUUGGGCUUCCUCCAGAGACGGGCCCAGAGAUGACAAAGAGAUGACAAAGCAACUUCCUUGGAGAGUCUGGCACACAGGCAUUUGCUGCCCUCCUGGCCACGAUGCCCCUUCCCAGUGUCCGUGUCUGGAGGUGAACACUCAGCCUGCUGCUCCGGGCACCUUGUGUGGGCCCACGACACCUCAGGGCUCUUAAGACAUUGGGCAGGGUUGCUGUGAGGGCUGAUUUGGGCAGUGGGCAGUGGCUGGCACGCUGGAGGCUGUGCAGGCCAGCUCUUGGUUUUCUGGGAAUGACUUCAGGAGGGGAGAAGUGAAGGGGGAGAUCUCAAAAACGUUGCAUAGAGAUGUAUCUAUCUAUACAUACACAUAUGUAUUGAGAGAUAGCAUGCUAUAUUCAUAUGGUUGUAUUCCAUACCUGCCCUGUGAAUAAGUCUGAAUUGCCUAGCUGGUUCCCUGGUGGCCCUUAGCAGGGGCUUGAUCAGGAUGGCCUUGGGGAGGGGAAGCUCCUGAGCCGGGAGACUUUGAGGUUCAUGCAGAGAAGUGGGGAACAGUGUAGUAAACAGGUUUCCCUCUGCCUGGGGGAAGCUGGAUAGAGGGGGUCCAGAGCCCUGGAGCUGGAGACAGUAACAUCUCUGGGGCCUGAGGUGUCCCCUCCUGGGAUGUCAGGCUUUUCCUGGCUAACUGGUCGGAGAAGGCAGGUGUGUCAUCCUGGUGCGGCAUCUUUGGUGGGGUUGAGGGGUAGGAAUCGGGGGCAGCCUUGGAGGGGAGCUGUGAUGGAUGGUGGUCAGCAGUGGGCUGGAGGUGACAGUGUGGUGUGACGGCGGAACACUGGCCUCAGAGGUCACAGGGCAGAACCCACUCACCAAACAAAGAGGGAAACUGAGGCACAAUUGCUAGCAGAUUCAGUUCCAAGCCCCAAGCCCCCCUCACGCUGCACAGGCCCAGUGAGCUCCUCUGAGGCCUGGCACCAGCCAAGGGCACCUCAGGAAGCGCCCCCAACACCGUGUCUCCAGGUCAGCCCUGUUUUGUGUCAGGGACGUGCCUGUGACAUUUCCCUCGUGAAGCAGAGCCGUCGGGGGGCUGCAGGGCCCUGGGAGCAGAGGCACUGAGAGAUGGAGGGUCAGAGCCAACCCUAGUGGCCAGGGCUGCCGGGAGGGCAGGCCCCCACUUUGGAGGCAGGCAAGCAGAAGCAUUUGGAGUCGAUUCUUCAGUGGGAGAUUUGGCCGUGGUGUGAGCGAUGGUCCUUUCUAACCUGAAGCUCGGGUGUCUGUUCCGGGACAUGCUUGGAUUCCUGCCUGCUUCUCUCCUGGCUCCGGGGGAGCCUGGAGGCUAGACCCCUGUGGAUGGCCCUGUCCUUCUGCCUCUCUGCCUGACCCCUCCCUGCAGCUCUGGGGCCCCUCUUGCUGCAGACUGCUUGUACCCGCACCCUAGCGCGUCUGCUCUGUGCAGGCAUGUGAGUGCCUCUGCCGUGCUCACUGUGUGUCCCCGGUAAAGCCUGUGUGUCCCCGCCUCAUGGUAAGUGUUCUCUUCCCAGGAGCCACCCCUCCCUGGGCCCCCUCCACACCCCUGCCCCCUCCUCCUGCCGCUUUCAGGGCUGAGGCCCAGAGCAGGUGGUGACUGGCCCAAGGUCAGACAUCAGCAUGGGGUUUGAAACCAGGUCCCGUGACACCAAGCCAGGAACCAACAGCCCUGACAGUUUUUUCUCCAGUGGCCCCCAGACCAGCCUCUGUAUGGGGCAUGGAGAGAGCCAUGCUGAGGCCUCGGGGAGACACUUGGGGCCCACAGGGGAUGGUGGGGACCCACCAAGCCGUGCUCAAUCUGGAGUCUCCCUCCCUUGCAGGGUGGCCGGGCAGGAGGCAGACGGGACAGGGGAGUGGCUGAGAGGUGGGGUGGGAUCAGGCCUGUGCCCCGAUUUCCCUAACAUGCUGUAUGUCCUCAGGCAGCCCCUGACCCUCUCCCAGCCUCAGACCUUCUAAAGGGAACAGCCUGGUUCUCUGAAGCCCCUUGCAGCCCUGCCGCACUGACCAGAGAAGACCCAUGUCACCACGUCGCCUUAGUGCCCCACCUGACCCUUUGUGGACGGUGACAACAGAGGCCCAGGGAGGAGGCUGCCGGCCCACAGUCACAGAGGGUGUGUGGAGGGGCCGGCGACGGGGUGCACGUGGAUCAAGCUCUGGGUCUGUGGACCUUCGACCCCAUGACCCUGGCCCCCUGGGACGGGAAGGGCCGAUGCCCCCAUCCCAUCUGAGGGCUCAGGCCCGGGCAAGGCUGGCUUCUCCCCCAAGACAAGGGCAGGCCCCGCUUCCGAGGCCGCUCUUGGGGCUUUGCUUGGGAACAGCCCCCCGGGCAGGUCUCGCAUCCCGUCUUCCUCCACCCCAGGGCCCUGCCCAGGGCAGCUGCUGCUGCCUCAUUUCCCUUCCCCAAGCCCUGCCCUCCAGCCCCAGCCUCCACCCACUCCUGGAGAUACUUCUGGGAGGGAUGGGGGGAACAGAGACGGGAACCCAGGCUUCCCACCCCGAGGACAGCAGUAGAAGGCUUGGUUCUGCUCCUGAGACUGGGCCGGGGGGAGUGCAGGGAAUGGGAAGUGAGGACCUGCUUUCCACGGAACCUGUGAGAAACCACCGAGCAGAGAGACCUGCCAUUUCCUGAGCUCCUGCCUCCCACUGAGCCAGUGUACGGUAGUGUGAGGGACCCAGCCUGGCGCUGCCGCCAGCCACCACCCGUGUGACCCUGAGCAGCCUCUCGGAGCCUGUUUGCUCAUCUGUCGGUGGGAAUAGUAAUGGUUCUUUCCUCAUCGGGUCACUGUGAAGAUGGAACGACUUAAAGCUAGUGAAGCACUGAGCUUCCUGAGAGGCACACGGGCUUCCUCUCUGGAUUUCCUCCUUGUACUUUUUCCAGUCGCUGUAGACACAGAGUCUCACUUUGCACCAUGAUUCUGAGAGGAGGGUGUUAGGAGAACCUAUUUACUAAGGAAGAGUGUAGGGUUCAGAGAGGUGUAGUGAAGGGCAGCAGGCAGUGUGGGGUGGAGGGAGAGGCAGGGUCCAGGCCUGGCUCUGUGGUUGGAGAGAGUGGUCAUGGGGGAGUGGAUUCUCCUCACCAUUACCAGGCUUGGAAGGGCCCAGCUGAGGGAACCUUAAGCCCUCACAGUCUAGCCUGGGAGCCUAGCCCGAGGGGCCACCCUGGUCUCUGAGCGUCUGGCUGUGCUCACUCCUUGUGAACAGGGAUCCCGGGGCCCCCUGCAGGUGUGUGAGCACCCCACGCUCCAGGUGGUGAGCUGGAGGCACUCCUCUCCCAAGGGGCUGGGGGUGGGGAUUGCCCAAUCUUCCUGGCUUCUUCCAGCCGUGGCGUCUGAAACUUGGGAAUUUGAGACUCUUGGAAUCAGAAGCUGAGAACUGAGAAACUUCAGAUACUCAGAACCAGGGACCCUCUCGUUCUGAGGAUCUGGAGAGGUCUGUGGCUCACCUCACCCAGCUUACGUAACACAGGAAACUCCACUGUAGUCCCUCAGCCUUCAGCCCUGCUGGCCUUGUUUAGAAAUGCUCCUGGCUGGCCCUCUGGGGUCCCAAGCAGAAAUCUGUGGGAAGCUCCCUCUCUGCCACAUGGACAGACAUACACGCACACACUUGCACAUACACAUGCAUGCUUCUGUGCACACACUCACACACGGGCAUUCACUCACUUGCCCAGGGUCCCAGCAAGAUUUGAGCCCAGCCACUUGGGUCUGGGUGGGAGUCCCUGAGGGAGAGCACCGAGGGGGUGCUCCAGGUGCUGGGGCACCAGGGGGUACUGUGGCACACCCAUCAGUGGGACUCUGAGGUUUCUGGGUGAUUCUGCAGUGGGUGGCUGUUAAUGGGCACACGAGGGGCUCCAAAUCCCACAGAGUUCUUGCCUCACUGCCCGGUCAGCCCAAGGAGGUGCCUCAGCCCCUUCAGGCCUGUUUUUCCUGUCUGCACAGUGGACUGUCAUUAAGGUUUUCCUUUCUCCUCUUGGGAGGGAGGUUGACCAGGUCCCCCCGAGGUUUGCACACACCAUGUACUCCACACACCAGCGGGGACGACCCCUCAUGUGUACCCAGCCCUCCACAGUUGAUGCAGUACAGCCAAGGCCGUUCUCCACCUUCGUUCUCACAAUAGCCUUGGAGGGAGGGUAGGUAGAUGCGGAGACACUGAGGCUCCGAGAGGUGACCUAGUCGAAGCUUAAGUCCCAGCCACACGCCGAGGUUGGUAAAUUGGUGUCCAGCAUCAAACGACAAUCAGUAUCAAGGCUACAGAGGACAAGGAGCUUUAUUUGCAGGUCUUAGGAAUUGCAACGGGGGAGACACAGAUUCAGGUAUAACCAAAGAGCGUUCCAGGGAAGAGGAAGUCGGGCUUGUAAAGGCAAAAGCCAUAAGGUCGUUAAAGGAAAUAUUUGUCCUUGAGGCUGUCAAGAGUUAUUUUAGGGUAAGGAUCCAAUAAAUAUCUUGAGUUUCUGGAACACUGGGCAAACGUUCUGGAUGGCUGCGUUAAGACAAGAAGUGGUCAAAGUUCAGAUUCCGUGCAGGUGGUGACGUGAAGAAAUCACACUUUCUCAGUGGCCUCCCAGCUCCGUUUUAGAGCGCUGUCUUAGUAAAACUGACUCCAUUUGUAUUUUCCUUUCACACCAGUAGUGUGUACAAGCUCACCAGCUGUCCAGGCCCUCGCUGCGGCCGGCAUUUGGGGAUUUUCCUCCCAGAAAGACUCAGCCAACUGUGGAGCUGGCCCUGGCCCUGUGCUGGGCGGUGGGGAUCUGAGCAGGAGCUUGGGGGAGGGGCUGCCGGACGGCGCCCAAGGGGAGGGUGGGGUCAGGAGGACCCUGCAAGCUGCUGCUCAGCUGGCCCCGGAGGGACAGGGACGGGGAUGAGGCCGGCAGAGGGAGCCACCCGUGCAAAACUGAGGUAGCCUGAGGCAUCACAGGGUGUAGAUUCCUAUAGGGCCUGAGGGAGGCAGUGUUCAGGGGUGAAGCUGAGAGCUGCCCGCAGGGCUUUGAAUGCCGGGCCAGGGAGCUAGUGUCCCUGGCUAUGGGGCUUUUCAACUGUAGUCACGCGAGAGGAGAGACAGCCUAGUGAGCCCUUGGACCCAUCCCUCCACCUCAACCACUGCCAACUCAUGGUUGAUCUUGUUUCCUCUACAACCCCGCUCCCCCCAGGCAGCAUGUCAUUUCAUCUGUAAAUAUCUCUGGAUGUAUCUCUGAACGAUAAGGACUCAUUCAAAACCCGGAACCAUAAUAUCGUAACGUAACUAAAAUAACUUUAUAAUAAUUCCUUAAUAUCAUCAAAUGCCCAGUAAAUGUUCUGGUUUCCACUCUGGGUCACAAAUGUUUAUAUGUAUAUUUUACAGUUUGUUUGAAUCAGAUCCAAAGGUCCAUUACUGCAGUCCGUUGGUUCCCCUUCAUCUUUUCAUUUUUUUCCCUUGCAAUCUAGUUGCUGAAGAAGCUAGUCAUUUGUCCUGGGAGUUUCCAACCAUCUGGAUUUUGCAGGCUUCGUUUUCAUGGUGUCGAUUAAUAUUUGUCUGUGCCCUGAGUUUCCUGUGAGGUAGCACUCACCUCUGGAGGCUUCAUAAGAUGCGGCACGAUUUUUUUUGCACAACUGCUUCAUAGGCGAAGUUCUCUCAGGAGGUACAUAAUGUCGGGUUGUCUCUUAUUUUGUGACAUAGGAACCAUCGGUGAUCCUAAAUCGAUGUUCGAAGCCAUGAUUGCCUAAAUCCAUUAUUUGUCAGUGGUUGCAAAAGAUCUAGGACUUCCCUGGUGGCACUGUGGUUAAGAAUCCAC